AUGGAACGUCUCAAGCCCACCCCUGGUGAAAUGACCACUGUCGACAAAAUCGAGGUCGAGAAUGCAUCCAGCGGAGUGAUCACUAGCCGCACCAACGUGGUGCUCAGCGAUAAGGAUCAGAAAAAGGCCCGUCGUCUUAGAUGGAAGAUCGAUCUCUGGAUCUUGCCCAUUAUGACCAUCAUUUACCUGCUCGCUGCAAUGGACCGCUCCGAUAUUGGAAACGCUCAAGUCGCCGGAAUGCAGAAAGCCAUUGGCGCCACCGAUUCUCAAUGGUCGAAAGUUGUGUCGCUCUUCUAUGUCGGCUUCGUUCUGGGUCACGUUCCUGGUGUCUUCGCUCUGCGAAAGCUGGGACCUCCUGUUGUGCUUGGCGCGGCAGUGGCAGCCUGGGGAGUUAUGGUCACACUUCUUAUGGAGGUUGAGACGUGGUCACAAGCUGUGGGAGUUCGGAUUUGCAUCGGCUUUGCAGAAGGCAUCAGUCAUGCUGGUCCUCUAUAUUUGUCUCUAUGGUAUACACGGAAAGAGUUAGGUACUCGCGGCGGCAUCUUCUACUCAGCAUCCAGCUUGGCAGGAGCUUUCAACGGCUUGAUUGCAUAUGGAAUCGUCAAGACAUAUUCUCACCACCCUCCAUUUGCUCCAUGGCAAUGGAUUUUCCUGAUUGAGGGCUGCGUGUCCAUCGGCUUUGGCCUAUUCGCCUUGGGCGCCCUUCCUGGAGCCCCUGAUAAGCUUAGCUGGGGCUUCACAGCCGAUGAAAAACGCCUGGCGCUCAUUCGCACGCAGAGAGCAAACAAUACACCUCACGAGCGCAUUCGCUGGAAGUCCGUCGUUGGAGCUUUCAAAAGCCCAAUGUGGGUGGUUUACACGCUGAUUUUGGCCUGCACUCAAGUCGCACUUGGUGGGUUGUCGAGCUUUCUCCCAGCAAUUCUCAAGGGACUGGGCUACUCCUCUGUACAUGCCCAGCUGAUGACAGUGCCAAUCUAUUCGGUAUCGGCUGUGUCCACUGUUGUAUGUUCCUACUUCUCCGACAAAACGCAACUUCGAGGCCCUUGGCUUGUAGGACUGUCGUCAUUUUCCCUGGUUGGCUACAUCAUGGUCCUUGCUAGCCACAACAACCACGUCAGGUAUGGUGGCCUUUUUCUGGCCGCAGCCGGUCAAUAUCCAAUCGUUGUGAUUGUAUUAACAUGGCUGGCUGUCAAUAUUCCAAACUUCACUCAUCGAGCCACGAUCUCUGCCACGACUAACAUCCUUGCACAAGCUAUCACUACCGCCGUCCUCACGACUUUUGAUGAUCCCCCAUACUACCACAAGGGCUUGAGCGUCGUUAUCGGCUUGACAUGUUGCUCUCCAGUCCUCUCCUCAUUUGGCAUGUGGUAUGUCAGGUGGUUCAACUCCAGGAAGCAGCCUGCAACGGAGCAGCAGCGUGGUAUGACUCUCGCGGAGCUUGGUGAGGACCAUCCGGAUUUCUUCCUCCAGAUGUGA